GCUUUCAGUAGAGUUUUUAAGCCAUGGAAAAUACAACAAGCUCAAAAGAGCAGAUAGAAAUUGUCGGUUUGAUGAAAGACUAUUAUUUUCAUGUUGCUACGAGUGUUGCCGAGGGCCUGAAACAAAAGUUUCCCGAAUCAUUUCUGGAUCCAAAAAUUCAACCAUUAUUUGAGUUUGAUUGGCAUUCUUAUCUGUACAACAAGAAAAGGGAGCUACGUGGUGAAGUGUGGCAGUACUCCAGCAGCCUGAUGUGCUUCCUAAAUGGCCUUCUUCUUGGAAAUGAGAAGGAUCUUGCCAGCUGGGCAAAAAAACAGUGGGGUUUCACUUUCACUCGGCCACAGGCUUUCUAUAUGGCUCUUGCUGAGGACUACUACUCCAAACAUCUUCAGAAAACUGGGCACCGUUUUGUCUUCAUGGACGUUGAGAUAGCAGGAGAAACAGCAGGGAGGUUAGUGUUUGAGCUUUUCUCAGAUGUGUGCCCAAAGACUUCAAAGAACUUUGACGCUCUGUGCACUGGAGAACAGGGUCUGUCUGAGAGCAGCUUCCCACUCUGUUACCGGGGUUCUCUGUUCCAUCGGGUGGUGCCAAAUGGCUGGGUACAAGGAGGAGAUAUCUCACCAGAAAGAAAAGGUAAUGGAGGGGAGUCGAUCUAUGGACCCACUUUUGAAGAUGAGUGCUUUGCUGUUUCCCACACAAAGCCAGGCAUUCUGGGAAUGGCCAAUAAGGGCCCACAUACCAAUGGGUCCCAGUUCUACAUCACACUGCAGCCAACUCCGUGGAUGGACAGAAAUUAUGUCGCCUUUGGUCAAGUGGUUGAAGGUGUCGAUGUCCUCAGAAGACUGGAGGAAGCUCCAACAUGCAAUGAACGACCUAAGUAUGAAUGUAAAGUUAUAAACUGUGGAGGAUUAAAGUUAUAGUCUUUGGCCAGCAUAUUUUAUU